AUGGCAAGUAACUGGCGACUUAGACAUGGACGUCUAAUCCGAAAGCUGAUGAUGACUUCGGCCCCGCCCUUCGCAAAGCAUUUGGCGUCCAAUGACAAGAAAACGCGCGACAAGGCGGUGAAAUCGCUCGCCACCUUUCUCGCCAUGGACGAGCGGGACCCGAUCUCGAAGCCCGACAUGGACAAACUAUGGAAGGGAAUCUUCUACUGUUUCUGGAUGUCCGAUAAACCGCUCGUCCAACAGGCCCUCGCCGCCGAUCUGGCCGAGCUGCUGCUCACAACAAGCUCCACGACCUCCGCGCUCUCUUUCUUGUCUGGAUUCUGGGAAGCUAUAGUGCGCGAGUGGAAUGGAAUAGAUCGACUCCGGCUCGACAAAUACUACAUGCUUGUGCGGAGGUUUAUAAACGCCACAUUCCGACUGCUGGCUGGCGCCGACUGGGCUGAGGACGUGUGCAACACAUAUAACAAAAUGCUCACUCGCGAGGGUGGUCCGCUAUGCCCUAAUGACCAGCGAGUUCCCUCUGGCCUCGCAUAUCAUCUGGCCGACAUCUACUUAGAAGAGCUGGACAAAGCCGUCGCAGCGACAGAGCCACCCCCACUUCCCGCCCCGCUGUCCACCCUGCUCUCGCCGUUCAUCUCUCUGGCGGCACAAACGCCCACCAGCAUCACCUACAAACGGAUACAAUCCGAGGUCUUCUCGCCUUUGCUGGAGGCAUUAGCAGCGGACGACGCCCCACCCGCGAAAAAACGGCGUUUAGAUCCAGACUACGCGGCGCUGCUUGCCAAUGCGUGUUUCGACCAGCCGUCAACAGGGAAACUCGACCCGACCACGCUGCGGCAAAAGCUGUUGCGGAGGAUAUUCGAUGUGGCUAGCGAGCCAGAGACGCGGGACUCGAGUCGGCGGAAGAUGUAUGCGUUGUUUAGGCAGAGUACGGGCGAGGAAGACUGA